CAGAUGUGAUUUCAAUAUCUCCAACCCACGUCUCUGAUCAUGGCCUGUGAAUACAAGGAUUAUGAAAUCCUGGAGGAGCCUCUCUUCAUCCUGGAGAGCGGUGAGGUGUACAGGAACCCCACUGAAGUGAAGAUGAGUCAAAUCGUACUUCCAUGUCACGCCAACCACUGUGGAGAGCUCAGUGCCGGACAGCUGCUCAAGUGGAUGGACUCAACCGCCUGCCUCUCUGCUGAGCGCCAUGCUGGAUGUUCCUGUAUAACAGCGUCUGUGGAUGAUAUCCACUUUGAGCACACCAUAGGGGUUGGACAGGUUGUCAAUAUUAAAGCUAAAGUCAACAGGGCCUUCACAUCAAGCAUGGAGGUAGGGAUCGUCGUCAGCUGCGAGGACCUCUUCAGUAAUCGACAGUGGAAGGUUUGCCAUGCCUUCGCCACCUUUGUUGCGAGACGCACAGAGGCUGGAAAGGUUCAGUUGAAGCAGAUUAUACCACACACACAGGAAGAACAGAUGGAAUACAGCCUUGCUGCUGAGAGAAGGAGAAUGAGAUUGAUCCAUGCAGAGAUCAUCACUGACCUUCUGAGCAGCUCUUCGCAGACAGGGGGUGAGUGUCACGAGUUCCAGGAUGCUGUGCCAGCAGAGCGGACACGGGUAGAGAGUGUAGAGCUGGUCCUGCCCCCGCAUGCCAAUCACCAGGUCAGCACGUUUGGUGGGCAGAUCAUGGCCUGGAUGGAAAAUGUGGCCACUAUUUCUGCCAGUCGUUUGUGUAACGCUCAUCCUACUCUGAGGACUAUCGACAUGUUCCACUUCCGCGGCCCCUCCCACAUCGGAGACAGACUGGUCUUAAAGGCCAUUGUAAACAAUGCUUUUAAGAAAAGUAUGGAGGUUGGAGUUUGUGCAGAGGCUUAUCAAGGUGGAGAGCCACUGCGGCAUAUUAACACUGCCUUCAUGACCUUUGAGGUUCUGGACAGUGACAGAAAGCCACGCACAUUACCACGGAUACGACCUGAGCCUGUGGAUGGAAAGCGCCGUUUCCAGGAAGCCAUAGCGAGAAAGAAAAUCCGAUUGGACAGGAAGUACAUCAUCUCUUGUAAGCAGAGUGAGGUCCCUCUCUCUGUUCCCUGGGAUCCAAGUAACCAGAUGUACCUAAGUUACAAUAAUGUAUCUGCCUUGAAGAUGUUGGCGGCCAAAACCAACUGGGUGUUAAGCUCAGAGAAAAACAAGGUCAGUCUUUAUACACUGGAGGAGAACCACAUGCUGUGUUUUAAGGUGGAGAACCACAUAUCCGUCCCAGCAGAACAAGUCUUUCUGCUUCUCUCAGAUCUGAGGCGGCGGCAGGAGUGGGAUCAGCACUACAAAGAGUGUGAGGUGAUAAUCCAGGCAGAUGAGGACGACACAAUCUACCGCGUGGUGACUCCCUCAAUAACCAAAGGAGGCAAAGUUCAGGACUUCAUCCUCCUCGCGUCCAGGAGGCGCCCCUGUGAUUCCGAGGACCCUUACUUGAUUGCACUUCGUUCUGUCACACUACCCACUCACCCUCCCACUGAGGACUAUAACAGAGGGGAGGUGCUCUGUGCUGGAUUUAGUAUCUGGGAGGAAUCCAGCUCUCUCACCAAGAUUUGUUACUACAACCAGGCCACUCCUGAAGUCCUGCCCUACAUCUCAACUGACAUUGCCGGGCUCUCCUCCAGUUUCUACUGCACGUUUGCCUCCUGUAGCCAGUUCCUAGAAAAGAAUAGGGACAGCCUUCCCUCCCCUCUCAGUUCCACUCUGUAGGGGAAUGGAGGCUACCAGGCCGGUCUCUCAGUCCACGGAUCCCAGUAAGGAGGUGAAAGUCUGGAGACACACGUGAACUUUUACCCACCAAUAUCUCACCCUGUCUGCACUAAGUCACGAGGACUUUGGCUGAAUUUCUAUGUUAUUUUGGAUUUAUAGUUCUUACUAAUGAGGUUACUGUUACUGGCGAGUCACAGAAAUUGUGAGCACGCAGGCAUUGCAUUUUACAGUGAAACCUAAAUAAGGUGCUGUUGUAUGCAUUUUCCCUUAGGGGUAAAUGGGGCCCAUUGGAAUUCAUAUGAUCUUGUAUGAGUAUUUUGUGCAAUAAUGUACAAUAGAUUUAUUCUUCAGAAUCAUGAGUUAUUUUUAUGGCAAUGCGUUACAGGAAACGUGAUACUGAAAUUAAGAUGCAUUUAUGGUACUUUAUCCCUGAGAGAAAAAAAAAAGUAUGUUGCGCACAGUCUUGUCGGCCACAUUUGUCUCAUUACCGUUUAAUGUGUAGAUCACUGUCUACCUCCAAAGAUGAUGUACUCACAGU